AUGGAUGGGUGUUUAGCUGGGUUAGCGCGUAUUGUGAUGCAGGGCAAGGUCGGGCUCGGCGCGCUGGGCGAGGACGCCGCCGCCGAGCCGCGCGCGGGCCCCGCGGGGCCACGCGGGCGCGGGGGCCUCGGCGGCUCCGGCGCGCCCAGGGCGGAGGACGAGUGGGUCGACCUGGCACCGCUGGACUGCCGUGGCGACACCCUGCGGCUGGACACGCUCGAGGCCAGGUCGCAUCCGUCGUCGAAGCUGUCGCCUCCGCUGGCUGGCGAGGCGCCCGGAUCGCAGGCGGGCCUGUACGCCUCGUCGACGGAGGCGGGCCUGCAGCAGCCGGCGCCGCCGAAGCGGGGGCCGCCGCUGCCGGGCGAGGCCUGGGCGGCAGAGGCGUCGCCGUUGGCGGGGGACGCGCCCACGUCGCAGGUGGUCAGGUCCUACUGGGACCAGGCCCUCGGCGCGAGCCCUGCCGCGCCCGCCCCGCCGCCGGCGCACGGGCGCCGGAGCCCGCACUGGGAGGGCGCAGCCGCCCACUCCGCGAUGUACUCCGCGUCCGAGCAGGCUGGCGGCGGCGGCCGGUCGCCGGAGCUGGGCGUCGAGCGCGCGCCGCUGCUGGACGACGCCGAGGCCCGCCGCGCCGAGGCCGCGCUGCUGGAGCAGGGGCGGGCCGCGCAGCUGGAGCAGCAGGCGCGGCGGGUGGAGCGCGAGGCGGAGGCGCUGAAGCGGCUGCAGGCGCAGGCGCAGCAGUCCGAGCGGGACGUGCAGCGGGAGCGCGAGAAGCUGUGGCAGGAGGUCGAGGCCGAGAAGCGGGCGCUGCACGAGGAGUUCGACGCAGAGCGGGCGGCCCUCCGGCGGGAGCGGCGGCGGCUCAGCGUGGGCGCGGAGCGCCAGAGGCAGCAGCUGCUGGAGGACCGGGAGGCGCAGCAGGAGAGGCAGAGGCUGCAGGAGCAGAACCUGCAGCUCGAGGAGGAGAUGAGGGAGAAGGAGAAGCGCUGGCAGCGCUCCAUCGACCGGCUCCAGCGCCAGGUCGCGGACCUCACCAGGAAGAACGCGGAGCUGCAGGAGGAGGUGCGCAGGGCCAACCAGCAGGCCCAGCAGGCCCAGGGGGGCCACGCCUGGGGCGACGCGAAGGACUCGAAGGACCCGAGCUUCGAGGCGAGGCUCACUCUGAGCAUGGCGGAGCGCGGCAGCGUCCGCCGCCGCCACAUCGACGCCGGGAGCAUCAGCAUGAAGGGCAACGUUCCGCCGCAGCCUCUCCAGCCAUGUCGGCGGCUCUCCACAAAGCAUCGCCAGCAGCGCGAGAAGGAGCGCCCGAAGACGCUGCGCUGCCUCCGCGUCGCCAAUGACAGCAUCGAGGGCCGCCUCCCGCUGCAGACUCACGACGUCAAAGACGCGGGGCCGUCUCCAUCCCCCCUCCUCGACGCCGACGACGUCAUCACCGACGAGCUCGAAGGGCAGCCGGCCAGGAGGGCGCUGUCGGGGGGCAGGUACUCCGAGUCUAGGCUCGCUGUCGAUAGCAUCGGCUCUUUCGACGAGGGCCUCGAGCACGGCGCCGCGGGCGCGGCCAGCGGCGCCGGCCUUCACGCCAGGCAUGCCCCAGAGCUGACCGGCCUCGACAGCGCCGACCGGGGCGCCGGUAGCCUCGGCCCGCCCGUGGACAGCGACGGCCACGCCGACCCCGACGAGUUGCAGGAGUCGGGGGGCAGCGCCAUGGAGUCGGGCGACUCCGACUGA